CUCUGGAAAGGUAUCCAGGGACAACUUCCUACGUGUCUUGAAAAAAUACAACCUUCGGCUGCAGGAAGACCAGCUAAGUACUUUCCUUGUGCGUUGUGGACUUCAAGAAGAUGCAGCAACUAUAAAUUAUAUGGAGUUUCUUCACAAUUUUCAAGAUAGAAGUGGAAACGGACUACCUCACCGUAUUAUAACUGAUGAAAAUCACAGAUUUAACAAACUCAGAAGCUUUGGUUCUCAAUCCUCAGUAACUGCUAUGGAGGCAAAGCUAAUGGAACUGUUACACAAUGAGUUCCUUUCCGUUUUAGGAAGUUUUCAUAAAAUUGACAAGCAGAAACGAGAUGUAAUCAGCCAACAAGCCUUCUGGACAUUUUUAAAAAACAGAUUUGGCAUUGACAUGUCAGAUGAAGAAGUAAGUUAUCUGAAGAACCGAAUACCACUUGAUGCCCAAGGCAAUGUAAAAUAUCUUGAGUUCAUGUCCAUAUUUGACAGCUGUAAAGGUGCGAAGAGUCUUUUGUGUGACAAAUCUAUGAUGACAAACUUCAGCAAUGAAAAUUCAACAAACCAAGAGUAUGGUUCAGGAAGAACAACAGAUCAGAUCUCAAAUAUUAUACAGGAUCUUGUGAAGAAACAAUACCAAAUGGUGGAACAAAACUUUAAUAAACUUGAUAAGAUGAACACCAGACGAUUUUCUCCUGAGUCAAUGUAUCAGCUUUUGAAGCAAUUUGAUAUUCACCCGCCAAUCACAAGAGAUGAUGUCCAAAAACUGUGGAGCACUUUAAUUACCAGUCAAGAUAACACUUUGAAUUUCCACGAAUUUGUUCGACACUUUGGAUUUUCACCUAAAUCAGCUUGUUACCCAAAUGCCAAAACAUAUCCACCCGUUAAAGGUGACUGUGACUUCCUGGUACGAUCUAGGAAGUUAAACUGUGACACAGAAAUCAUUAAGGACAAUCUGCAAGCUAAGGUUAAGCUCAUGCUAGAUGACCUCUGGACAAAUUUUCGUGAGUUGGAUCAAUCUAACACGGGCUUUGUUAGCAAAGAGGAAUUCAAAGACGUUCUUAUGGAUGUAUGUGAGGAGCUGAAUGAUCAGACCUGUGAGAUUAUCGCCAAUAGGUUUACCCAUGAGAAGAACCGGAUUUCAUAUCUCGAGUUCCUUCAGCCAUUUGAAGAUCGAAGGAGAGCAGUCAGGUUUAAGAAUUUGAAAACUCCAAACCAAAAACAUCAACCAGAGAUCACGAUAUACACAGAAACCAUGCAUAAAGGUCUGAACAUGAUCACAGAGAAACUGAGAAGAAAGUUAGCUGGUAACUGGAAAAUAUUGGAAAAGGUGUGUAGAAAAUUGGAUUUUACCAGCACUGGAUUUCUCACACUGCCUGAAUUUCGAUCUGUUCUUCGACUCUGCAACAUAGUUUUGGAUGAAGAUGAAAUUUAUCACAUGAUGUCAAAAUAUGAUGAAAACAUGGAAGGCAAAAUUAAGUAUUCAAACAUUAUCAACAAAAUCUUCAAAGCCCCAUGAAUAUCAUUUGUUUUACCUGCUUUCUGCAAAACU